AUGGCAGAAUACGAGAUCGAUGUCGAGAGGGGAUCAUCAUACCGCAAUGACGACAACAACAAGUGUGCGAUUGAAGACGACAAGAUACCGGAAGCAGAGGAGAUCGAGUAUCUGUACCUCACCUUCGAUGUGCCUAUCCCCACGCCAGCCGGUCUCGCUUCCCCCCAUCCUGGUCAGUCGCCGCCUCCACCAUGUCCCAAUCUCAAAAAAUACGCUUCACCGUUCCUCUGGCCCAAGUCCCGUAAGACUGUGACCACGAUGAUUUGUUGUGCUGUGACUAUGAUGGCCAGUUACGCCGCUGGAGAGUAUACGCCUGCCGCAAUGCACCUCAUGGAGAAGUGGCAUAUCAGCAGAGUCGUGUAUAACCUGGGAAUCACAUUUUACACCUUGGGCUUCGGCAUCGCUCCUAUGAUCCUAGCACCCUUCUCGGAGUUCAAUGGGAGACGGCCAAUAUUCCUUCUCAGUGGGAUCAUUUUCACGGUUUGCUUGAUUGGAUGCGGCGUAACGGAGUCAUUGGCUGGGAUGUUCUUGGCGAGAUUCUUUCUGGGUGUGGGCGGAUCCACUUUCUCCACGAUGAUCGGCGGUGUUAUCAGCGACAUCUACCAUGCUGAAGUCCGGAAUGCCCCUAUGGCAUGGUACUCGGGAUUCGUGUUUUUCGGGACGGGGUUAGGCCCCCUGGUUAGCGGCUUCAUACCAGGUCGUGCAAGUUGGCGAUGGAUUUACUACUCCCAGGCCAUUGCUAGCGGCGUCUUGGUGGUAAUCAUCUUCUUCUUCAUGACGGAAACUCGCGGCAGUGUGCUCUUGAGUCGAAAAGCAAAGGCCCUCAAUCGAUACUACGAAAAAUUAGAAGCAGCAGGUUAUUAUGGCGUGGUAUUCGAUUCAGAUGGCUCAAUUGAGAAGCAACGCGUCCAACGCAUCAGGUGGAAAGUCAAAAGUGACGAGGAGCGUGAGUCUCUGAUCAAGAUGGUCACUGUGUCCUGCACCAGGCCAUUCCAUCUGCUGUUUACCGAGCCGGUGGUUUUCUUUUUUUCCUUAUGGGCCGCAUUCAGCUGGGCGAUUCUCUACCUCCAAUUCAGCUCCAUCCCGCUUGUCUUUCAAACCAACUAUCAUUUUAAUCUCGAACAAUCUGAGGCCGUGUGUUCAGCGAUGUCGAUUGGCGCGAUGAUCAUCACACCCAUAAGCAUAUACCAGGAAAAGCUUGCGGCCAGACUCGGUAAGCUGUCUACCAGUCCAGAGGGCCGACUGUACUUCCCCUGCGCAAUGUCCAUCUUGUUGCCAGUAGGGUUAUUCUGGUUCGGGUGGACAUCACUCGUUCAUCAUUGGAUUGUCCCGGCACUAGCUGUUGCUUGUUCAACUAUGGGGAUCUUCUCUGUAUACUUAGCUGUCUUCAAUUAUUUUGCCGAUACAUACCAUCGAUAUGCAAGCUCCGCAAUUGCGGCUGCUGGCUUUAGUCGAAACAUGCUGGCAGGUGUAUUUCCUCUGGUCACAAAUGCCCUGUUUAACAAUCUUGGGUUUCCAGCCGCUUCAAGCUUGCUGGGUGGGAUUGGUAUUGGACUGACAGUGGUGCCAUGGGUUCUCGUUUUCUAUGGACCCCAAAUCCGCGCACGAAGCAAGUUUGCAAGUGAAUUGACACACCAGCAUUAGCCCUUUUAUGUUGUGUUUCCUAUACUUCUGAUCCCCUCCUGACCUGACAUCUUGCGGAAUGCCCAGAGCCAUGACUUGGGAGGACCAGGAACCAAGCUCUUUUAAGACAUAUUUCUUUGAGUUUGACCUAUCUUCCAUUCAAUUGUGAUGGCAUAGGGAGCUGUUGCUAAAAACUUGGAGUUACCUGUUUGCCAAGGCUCUAGGUUGACGAUGAUGCGACAUGCUGCCAAAACGGACCUGGCGACAAUGAGAGCAGUAGUAGCAUGCAUCUAACAUCUCGAGAGGCCUUCGGGGUUACUAAAAGUUUGAUUUUCAUUGCGAUAGACGUUACAAGCUCGGUUCAAGGAGCGCUCUAUGGUCAACGAUCAUAAAAAUAGACAUUAUAGAUAAUGAUAAUGUGACUUGAGA